AUGGCAUCAGGCUACCACCAACGGAGGCGUCGCGGUGACAGCGGUGGCUCAGCAGGCGGGAUGCCGCAGACGCCUGAGCAGCGCGAUUCUCACGACCUGUCUCUGUCGCCGCGCGACGUUACCCGCGACUCGCUGGUCGCCAACAUGCUGCUGUCUCUGGAUCAAUUCUCCAUUGACCAGCAGAACCAGCACCAGUCUAAUCACCACAGCCACUGGGACCCCUCGCCCAGCAAUCACAGCCCCGGACCCCAGCAAGAGCAGCAGCAGCAGCACCACCACCACCAGAACCGCUACCAGCCGUUUGAUGGGGCGCCGCCGCCGCCCUGGCUAACCUCGACAGGACAUUCCAGUCCUUCUGCCGCUGCUGCUCCUGCUGCUUCCCGCUCCCAGGAGCACAAUUCAUUACACUACCGGCAACACGGCCCCUCCUACAGCUCUGAUCUCGACACGGUCGACAGCUCCUCCAAGUUGUCCAGUCCGCCCGACUCGCGCGGACACGGCGCUGCUGCUGUCAGCAAUACCCGGCUGCCCGACCCUUCCUCCUCACCCACCUCAACCCGGCAGGAAAAGGUCGUAGCUGCCAACGCAAAUCUCCAGGCUGCUCUCUCGAGCACCCCUGGCAAGCAGCAAUCCCGGCAUCGACCGCCCGUCACACCGCCCAGUCGCGGCGCCAGCUUGUCCCAGGCACAGAGCCUCGACCGUCCGCCGCGCACACGCCGCGUCCCCAAGCAUCAACAAGACGGCUAUCACCAGUUCCUCACCGAGACAGCCUCGUCCCCAGCGGCCGCAUCCCAUCACGAGUCCGACCGCCCCCUUCGCAGCAAGAGCGCAGGCGGCUCCAGCGCUCGCAGGCGCACUGCCGGUGCAGCAUCAGCUGGUACGACGACGACGAGCUCGCGCUCCCCGGCCCAAUUGCACCCGCCCAUGCCGCCAUCCUCAGCCAUUGACUACGACGUCGACUACCUCAACGAAGAUUACGGUGCGGCGCCCACGCCCACGGUACCGGCCGGUCCUCGUCGCGGCGCCGACGCACAUACGCGGGCGCCUCCUGAGCCUGCCACGCCUCGCACACUCGAGCGCAAGCGCAGCUCCUCCCGCACGCAUUCCCUGAGGAGUACGCCUGGCAAGAACAGGCACGCUGCCACUCCCUGGGACCAGCAGCAGCCGCCGCCCCCAAUGCCUAGCGCUGAAGAAUUCGAGGCGGCGCCGGCGCCCAGCGUCGGCUAUCGCAAAGCCAAGGAAGACCAGCAUCGGGCCAAGUCUUCGCAUGCCGCGUUCCCGCACCAGCAGCACCCCGAUAUGCCACAACAACCACAAAAGGAGAAGCCAGGCUUCUUUCGUCGCGUCUUUGGCGGAGGUGGUUCUUCUAGGAACAUGCUGGCACCGAACGAGCAAUUUCAACAAUCCAACUCAACGCGCCCUCCGUCCUCGCCCUCCCGAAACGAACGACCUCCGAGCGGCAGACUGACCAAGGAACAAUCUAAGUCGACUUCAGCACCACCUUCCCGAGAUACCUCUUCCUCACACUCACAGCAACCCCCGCCUGUGCCGCCUCUGCAGAAAAAGACGUCGUCAUUCUUCCGCCGACGUAAGAAGUCGGUCGUUGACGAUGCGCCGCCUUUGCCAUCCCACGUCCCGCCCGUGCCCAAUAUGCCAUUGACAACUCUGACCAACGAGACGAGCUUGGGGACUGACGACCCUAGUCCUGUCAGCAGCCUGCGCCAGGCACUAGACCCUUAUCUUCGAAAUAGCGCUGGAUCAGCCAAGGCCAUUGGUACCUCCAAGCCGACUGCGCUGACCGACAUUACGAAUAUUGUCGCAGACAGUGGUGAGGAUGACGAACCAAGGUCCGAGUUUAAACGCGAGUUCUCACCCGACUACGACCCGAGCCCGAACGCCAAGAUACGCAGUGUAACCAACGACGCUGAAAAUAGCCGCGAUUCUCUGACCAGGCACACUGCAUCUCCAACGACGAGGAAAACAAAGUCUGCCGCCUACCAGACUUUCCUCGACUUGGAUAAUGGUAGCGAUGACGAAAAUGCGAGUAGACAUGGAAAAAGACGCUCUAGGUCGGAGCUCUCCCCCGCUGCCCACUCUGAAUCGGCAAGUGUUUCGCAAAAGGACACCAGCAAGGAAGACACCAUCCGGGCCAGUAAGAUGCCGCCCCGCGCAAGGGACCAAUCCAGCCCGGGAGUCAGCCGCAGCCGAUCAAACUUGAGACUGCCCAGCGAUGGCAAUCGCUCUGCGAGCGCUGGCACCAUGUCGACGGAAACAGAUUAUAAAUCCGCCACCAGCGCACCUCCUAGUGUGCACGUGGAGGACCUCGACGAAACCGACUCAUCCAAGGGAGUGAGCACCAUCGACGCGAUGGAAGCCAAGGGCCUCGAUGAGCCGCUCUUUGUGGUUGGCGAACCCACCGAGGACGAUAGGCUCAAGGCCAAGAAGAUUUACGACGGACUGGAAGACUUUAUCCAACAGGACAAGGCCGCUGCUUGGAUGGGUGAAGAAGGCCCAGUACGAAAGCGCACACUGCAAGCGUACAUGGAGCUCUACAGUUUUACCGACCAAAGUAUCGUGUCCGCCUUGCGCAGCGUUUGUGGCCGUCUGAUUCUGCGAGCCGAAACCCAGCAAGUCGACCGUAUCUUGGUUGCCUUUUCCAAGAGAUGGUGUGACUGCAACCCGAAUCAUGGCUUCAAGGCUACUGACAUUAUCCACACCAUCUGCUACUCCAUCAUGCUUCUCAACACCGAUCUGCACUUGGCCGAUAUCGAGUCAAAGAUGACUCGCAGCCAAUUCGUCAAAAACACACUCUCUACAAUCCGCCAAGCUCUUCACGAAUCGAAACCCGACGCCUUCAACCGCCCUAGCAUUCUUCCCGAAAAGAGCCCUCUGUUGGCUGCCGAUUCGCAAACCGGCGAGCAAGAUAGGUCCAGCUUCCGCCACUCGUUCCGCCCAUCCCCGAGACCAGAUACUCAGAGCGCAGACGGUGGCGAAGACAGCGGACCUCUCGUUAGGACUGCGUUUACAGGCUCGUUGCGUACAUGGGAAGAGCAGAUCGAGCAGGUCCUCAAGAGCAUAUAUACCUCCAUCCGUGACGACAGACUUCCCCUGUUCGGAGCUGAGGACCGCCACAUCGGCCCCGCCCAGUCGCAAAGCAAUCUUUCCGUUCUUGGUAUGCUGAAGCGCACACCAAGUGUACUGAGCAAGGCACCCUCAGAAGGUCAAGUGUCCUCGCGGGGACGUAUCGCAGACGGCAGCCGCACGACCGCUUCGAGAUGGACAUCAAAGAGCCGUUCUCGCCCUGGACUGGGACGUAACGGCAUGGCAUCCAGCAGGACUAGUUUCGACGACGAUAACUCGUUGUGGAGCCCUGCCAUGUCAUCGGCAACUUGGAGCCGCUACUCUCUUGGCCGCACUCAAGCAUCCAUAUCGCAAGAUUCCUUUGCGUCGUCGAUGCCAAGAGGCAACUAUCAGCAGUCAAUCGGCUUCGCUAAUGCUUUGAGCCAGUCCAUCAUCCGCGACGAGGAUCUCAACGGCAACGAGACAGCUCCAUCCAUCAUUAGCAGUGACUUUACCUCUACGCAGCUGCUCGAAGAUGAAUCGCUCGAAUUGGCCGGCCCACCUUGGAUUAAGGAAGGCAUGGUUGUGCACAAGCACCAUCUCGAUGGUGUUGGCAAGCGAGCCAAGGACCGUAACUGGUCUGAAGUAUUUGCGGUGCUGCAGAAAGGCCAGCUCAGCUUGUUCUCUUUCAACUUGAGCAAGUCCUCCAGGCAAAAGGCUCGCCCUCGCACAGCGACAGCACCGGUUGGCGGUGGCAAUUGGCAAGAUAACGCCGUCAAUGUCGGUACGUUCAACCUUAGACUUACCUUGGCCUCGGCACUGCCCUCUCCAGGAUACUCGCGCACGCGCCCGUAUGUCUGGGCUCUCAGUCUACCUACUGGCGCUGUUCACCUGUUCCAGGUCGGCACACCCGAGAUUAUUCGCGAAUUCGUCAACUCGGCAAAUUACUGGAGCGCAAGACUCAGCACACACCCGCUGGUCGGUGGCAUAAGCAACGUGGAGUAUGGCUGGAGCGAUGACAUUGUCAACAAUGCCUUGGUGGCUGCUAUUAACGAAUCCAGCACCUCGGUCGCGACACAGACCGCGGCUGGUACCGGCCACACACGCAAAGGCAGCACCCAGAGCGCCAGCAUGAAGUCGCUGAGCUUUGACCACGGCGGAAGCGGCUUCACUCACAACAGCGGCCGCGGUAAGCUCCCUGGCGAUCGCGUCCAUAUCGCGCCGUGGGCGCCGCCGACACAGAGCGUGCGAGCUAGCAAUCUCUCCGAAAGGGAGCAGCUGGAGGCACUGAUUGCAUACGUCAAGAGUAUCGAGAACGACUUGCAGGUCCAUAAUCAGCUCCGCAGCCCGAUGCUACUUGCUUUCACCCCGCGUGGCCAAAACGCCGCCAAGGCCAUGACCAACUGGGAGCGCAAAAGUUCGUAUCUCCUGCGCGAGAUUGUCAAGUUUCGCACCUACGUCGACUGUCUGAAUCAGGCCGACACGCGCAAGCGCGAGGUCUACAAAGAGCGAGACCUGGCGCGGCGCGCGGCUCGUGGCGAUCUCAGCGACCCGGAUACUGGCUUGAGCGGUGGCGAAGACGAGGACGAGGAGGCUAAUGACACCCUGCGGCCUGAGUAG